CCAACGUUCACAUAUAUUUUUCUAAGACAACAUGCCAGACACUCUCCAUAACGGCGAAUGGCUCGAUGUUGGCAACAGCCUCUGGAGCGAGAAUGGCCAAUUCGAGUUCAGGAUGCAGGAUGAUGGCAAGAUCGCCGUGUACAAAGGUGGUGACCCGGACAACGGCGACGACGGCGAAUGCAUUUGGCAGAACACUCCCCAACAGCGCGACGAUAUAAAGGGUAUCAAGAUGCAGGAAGACGGAAACUUUUGCAUGUAUACCAACGAGGGUGUCGGUCACUGUACCUGGCACACCAACACCGCUGCCCCCACGGGGGAUGACUCUGUCUACUGCAUCAUGCAGAAUGAUGGUAACGUCGUUCUCUACAAGAAUGACGGCGAGCCCAUUUGGGCCACCGAUACCAACCAAUGAAUGAGGUGGUGAUUUCGCAGAUGACACUACAUGUACAGGGUUGUGAUGACUGAAUCGGGAUAUACAGGGUACAAUAUCAACUAUGUACAUAGAACAAGUUAGAAGCUUUUCUAUGGGGGGGCGAAAUCAGAUUACAUUAGCUUCAUCAAAAUUCUGUAACAGUAACUCAAUGGCGUCGGAGGUUGGUAUGAGCCUUUAGAA